GCGCGGAGUCACUGCUGGAGGGAGGGGGAGCGGAAUUAGCGGGCAGUUGGAAAGCCCGCGAAACGCUGUUUCCGCCUGGGAGGCCGGACGACCGCGCUCGGGCAGGAGGAAGAGGAGGUGCUCCCCCUCUAGGGCCCGCCUUCUUUUCAUUCCAAUACGCCGAGUCCACGCAGCUUUUCUGCUCAGCCCCCAGCCCUCAGCCCUGCCUCUGUCAGAAGGGUGCUUCUGCCCCUAUUUCCCUCUCCUUGUGACCCCGGCCUCCUCAGACUCCGCUGCGUCGUCUCUCGGCCCCCUCCAAUAGUUCCCGAUUGCUCUUCUCCACGGUCCGCUUCCUCACCCACUUGCGCCAGAGCCAGCGAGCUCGGCCAGCUCUGCGCCCUGGCGGUGGGGCGUGUCUGCGGAGCACCUGCUCCUGGUGGGCCACCCGGGACUACGUUUCCCAGCGGGCCGAGCGGCCGGCGCCGCGGCUGCGGUCAGGUGACCGGGUCGCCUGACCGCGGUGAAUCAGGCGGGGAGGGCGGGGCUGCGCGGGCUGGGCUGCUGUGGCUCCCUCUUGGCCCCUUAAUCCCCUUCGCGGCCCCCUCAACCUGGAGCGGCUACAUUCUUGGCGCUUCUCCGAGGGUUGUGCUCUUCCGUACUCAAAUCGGAUCUUCGGAAUGUCCUAAAUGCCGGAUUGUCAGUGGCUUCGCCCCGACGAGAGCUGACUGCCCUGGGCUGCUGCUGACCUCCGGCGGAGCUGAGCCACAAUGUCCCCGGAAUCUAAAAAGCUUUUCAACAUCAUUAUUUUAGGAGUUGCCUUUAUGUUUAUGUUCACUGCCUUUCAAACUUGUGGAAAUGUGGCGCAAACUGUCAUCAGGAGCUUAAAUAGCACAGAUUUUCACGGCAGUGGAUAUACCAGCAUGGCAAUUAUCUAUGGAGUGUUCUCUGCCUCAAAUUUGAUUACACCGUCAGUGGUGGCCAUUGUAGGACCUCAACUCUCUAUGUUUGCCAGUGGUUUAUUUUACAGGUAUCGUUUGACUAUAAUACCUUGACCUGUUAUAUUUUAGCAUGUACAUUGCCGUUUUUAUCCAGCCUUUCCCAUGGUCCUUCUACACAGCCUCUGUUUUCAUUGGAAUUGCAGCUGCUGUGCUCUGGACAGCACAAGGAAACUGCCUGACAAUAAAUUCCGAUGAGCACACCAUUGGGAGAAACAGUGGGAUUUUCUGGGCGCUCCUGCAGUCUAGCUUGUUCUUUGGAAAUCUCUACAUAUGUUUUGCCUGGCAAGGGAAAACUCAGAUAUCAGAGAGUGACCGAAGAACGGUAUUUAUUGCCCUAACAGUGAUUAGCCUUGUGGGGACAGUUCUGUUCUUUCUCAUUCGGAAACCAGAUGCUGAAAAUAUCCUAGGAGAAGAUGAAUCUUCUGAUGAUCAGGACAUGGAAGUCAACGAGUCUGCCCAGAACAAUCUGACAAAGGCAGUAGAUGCUUUUAAAAAGUCUUUUAAGUUAUGUGUCACCAAGGAGAUGCUCCUUCUUAGUAUUACAACUGCUUAUACAGGUCUGGAGUUAACUUUCUUUUCUGGUGUAUAUGGAACCUGUAUUGGUGCUAUAAACAAAUUUGGAGCAGAAGAGAAAAGCCUUAUUGGACUUUCUGGCAUUUUCAUCGGCAUUGGAGAAAUUUUAGGUGGAAGCCUCUUCGGCCUGCUGAGCAAGAACAAUCGUUUUGGUAGAAAUCCGGUUGUGCUGCUGGGCAUCCUGGUGCACUUUAUAGCUUUUUAUCUAAUAUUUCUCAACAUGCCUGGAGAUGCCCCCAUUGCUCCCGUUGAAGGAACUGACAGCAGUGCGUACAUCAAAUCCAGCAAAGAAGUUGCCAUUCUGUGCAGUUUUCUGUUGGGCCUUGGAGACAGCUGCUUUAAUACCCAGCUGCUUAGUAUCUUGGGCUUUCUGUAUUCUGAAGAUAGCGCCCCAGCAUUUGCCAUCUUCAAGUUUGUUCAGUCUAUUUGCGCAGCCGUGGCAUUUUUCUACAGCAACUACCUUCUCCUUCACUGGCAACUCCUGGUCAUGGUGAUAUUUGGGUUUUUUGGAACAAUUUCAUUCUUCACUGUGGAAUGGGAAGCUGCCGCCUUUGUAGCCCGAGGCUCAGACUACCGAAGUAUCUGAUCGGGUGUCCAUGAGGGGACACGUGUGACCUCAGAAACACAGUUGGAUACAGCUUGGUAGAAGAAGUCUCCUUUGAUCCUCACACUAUAUUGGAUGAUGUUCAGUAUGGAAAAUCAAGAAAUUAAGACUGUUAAAUCAUCCAGAGUUGGUGUUCAAGUUUACAUACAUGAGUUAUUUAAAAUAAGUGGAAUAAGGGAAAGCUGUUCUGUCAACUGUAAUUGUUCAGAGAUGUUGUUUUUCAUUGUAUCUAUCUCAAUGCUAUAAUCAUGUUAUAGAAUGUAAAUGUUUUCUUCUCCCUCCUGCUCUUGUUGAAAGAUCCUGCCUUGAUUCAGAAUACUAGGCCAUAUGUCAUAUAAAUAUUUUUUCUGGAUAUGGAGUAUGUUUUGCUAUGUAAUAAUGGGAAGCAUAUGUCACUCCCAUAUGUGUUGGGGAAUGAUACUUAAUUAAAUAGUAAACCUGGGUGUGGUGGUGCACGCCUAUACUCCCAGCUGCUGGGGAGGCUAGACAGAAGGAUCACCUCAGCCCAGGAGCUUGAGUCUGCAGUGAGCUAUGAUCGUACCACUGCACUCCAGCCUGGGCAACAGAGUGAGACCCUGUCUU